CCAGGGUUUAAAAAUUUCUUGCAGCCAGGAACUAAUUUGCCCCUCUUGGGAUUGGCCUCCUUCCCAAGAUGGGAGGGGGCAGUCUGGCGUCCAACAAGAGAUUAGCGCGAUUAAUUCAUCAACUAUCACGUGACCCAUAGAAAGGAUCCACUCCUGAGGCGUCGCCAUGAACGACACGCCCCCCAAGGCAACAGUCCCAUGAUGCACCAGUACUUCAAGUUUGCGAAGGCAGGAAAAUGGCAGGAGUUGGAGUGAAUGUGAUGCUAUUAGUCCAAACUUUACUUUACGCCGCCUGCGGGAUUGCCAGCUUAGCCACAUCGAUUCCUACCGGUCUUGAAGAGGCCAACUUUGGUUCUAAUUGUAUCUUGUACGGAAGCCUGAAAUGGAAAAAUGAAACGGCCAAAACAUUUGAAGUGGACAGCUUUGGUUCUCCCAGCUCCUGCCAUUUCUGUAUCUACCUGAGUGUGUUUACCCUGUUCUAUGGACUACUGGCUGCUGGUUACCAUGGAUACGCCCUGUACAGACAGAUCGACCCGACAGAGAUGUGGGUGAUGCCAGCCAUCCUGUGUAAUGCAGGACUGAUGGCCCUGGUCUUCAUUGCUGCCUGUGUCAUGUCAGUUGGGUUCACUAUGUGGUGCAACUCUCUCAGCAGCUUAGGGUUCAAAUGUGUAGAUGCACCAACUCUGGACUGGGGAUCGUACAAUGGUUCAACAUUUUAUACACACCUGGCAGCUGCACAGGGUGCCUUCUGGGUGACUUUCCUGAUGUGGGGUGUGAAUCUGGGGAUGUCUCUCUGGAGAUGGAGGUUAAACAGAAGAGCACGGUCUCAAACCCAGAUGCCUGCCACAGUGUCAGACAAAGCCCCCAUCACAGACCAUCCUGAAUAUGACCCCAGUGCUAGCAGGGUCAUCUAAGUCUGGGGAUGAUGUCAAAAAUAUAUCUACUGUAAUUCAAUUCUGAAUUGGUUGAAAGCUCUUGAAACUGACAUCAAUUUAACAGUUCCUAGCUAUAAUUAUAGUACAUUGUAGUUGAGUUCACUAUAGAUCAGUGGCAUUUUCUUGAUUUCAAGCAGCAAGCCUAAAACAGGCCACAAAUUACUGUAGAUUAUCUUUCGUUUAUGACAAGUUAGUGGCUUUGCUGUACUGCCUGUCCUUUUGAUACCUAGUUUUCCAUAAACUACUUGUGUCAUCAUGGACUGUACAGCCCCCAUGAUACAAUUUCUUUUAUGUAAACAGCAAAUUCCAAUGAUUUGUCAUUGUCACCUGUUACUUUUUUAUUUUUGAAUUUCAACUUAACCUAUAGUUAUAUGUAACUAUAUUUUCUGCGGUUAGGUUAUAGUGCAUAAAUAGUAACAUAGUGUAGGAGUAUAGCUUGGUAUGAAAUCUAUAUGUUGUAUAUAGGUGAAGAACAUAUCCUUCAUGGUAUGCACAGUAUGGUUGGAGGAACCAACUGUCUGAGGAGAAGAUCCAGAUCAGUUUACUUAAGUGAGGAGACAAUCACUAUUUGUAAAUCAUAUUCAUAUAUUGAUGUAUAUGCUUGUUAAAUCUUACCAAUAUAUUAAUCUGACCACUCUGUAUAGUUACUAAAUUUUUCCUGAAAUUGCUCUUGACAUUUUAUAUUUUAAUUUAAAAAAAUUGAAACAUGUACAAUUGACAUACUUUGCAUUAUUCUUCUUUAUUACCAUUUUGGGAGGUUUUUGUAUUGAAAAGACCAUUGAGUAGCAUGUCACGGAUUUAACUCACUCUCUCAUUAUCUGGUUUAUCAUCUUUUGUUCCCAAUCUUACAAGGGUCAGCUGUGCUUGCACUAGAUGCUGAGGUUAUGUGAUGGACACUUAUUUGCAUCAUAAUCAUCAUGUACAUUCAU